GGUGUUAUGGCGUCCACCGGCGCCGCCAGCAGCGCGCCGCUUGUAUGAAGAUUUGAAGUUGUGCAUUGAGGGUUCGGUGAAGAGAGGCAGCUCACACACACACUCACACACUUUGGUGUAAUCCUGACUAUGCUGCUCUUGGUCGUGUUGGACAUCUUCUUUUCUACUGCUGUGGUCACCAGUGAGAAGAGCAACCACAAGUCAUCAGUACCACAGUUCAACUACAGCAGCAUUUCUCUGCCACCAGAGCACAUACCGUACUACUUCUACAACAACAAGAAGGUCGCCAAGCAAUGCAGACUGGACCCGCUCUGCCCUUUUAAAGAUGCCCUGCUGGAUGUGUCUUCCUGUUGGGGUUAUGAAAAGAACUGUGAUCCCAAAAAGCGCUUUGGCUAUCCUGUCUGUACUAAGGCUGACUCUGGAUGGGUCGAUUCACUAGAGGCAGCACAGGAGCUUUUCUGGAAGCAGGCUGAUUUUGGCUACGUCAAGGAGCGUCGCUCUGAGCUCAAAACACUUUGCAAGGCCAGCAAACCUGGGGACUCCUCUUUGAGGUGCAGUAGUCAUGCUAGAUUCUGUAAGGCAACUAACCUUUACCUGGACUUGCGGCAACCACGCAGAAGCCAUGAAAGGUACAAGGAGGACUUCAUUCAGAAAGGUGAAAUCGGUGGACAUUGCAGACUUAACAAGCAAGCACUUGCUGCAGCGGGAGAGCACAAAAGUCCUUUGCAGUCUUGGUAUGCAGAGCUUCAAACAUACACAGAGUUGGACUUCUAUCCCGUACAAAGUGAAUCAUGCGACAUUGUCAUCGAAAAACCGACUGUUUUCAUGAAACUGGAUGCUGGAGUGAACAUGUACCAUCAUUUCUGUGACUUUGUCAACCUCUACAUCUCCCAGCACAUUAACAACUCCUUCAGCUCUGAUAUCAACAUAAUAAUGUGGGACACAAGCUCUUAUGGAUAUGGGGAUUUGUUCAGUGAAACCUGGAAGGCCUUCUCACAAUAUGAUAUCAUUCACCUGAAGAGCUAUGAUUCAAAAAGAGUAUGUUUCAAAGAUGCCUUCUUCUCCCUUCUACCAAGAAUGAGAUAUGGUCUCUUCUACAACACACCACUUAUCUCAGAUUGCUACACUGAAGGAAUAUUUCGAGCGUUCUCCCAACAUGUCCUCCAUCGGCUCAAUAUAAUGCAGAACGGACCUAAGCCAGGACGCGUCCGUGUCACCUUGCUGGCACGCAGUACUGAAUACAGAAGGAUAUCAAACCAAGUGGAGCUCAUAAAUGGUCUUAAAACAAUGCAGCUGCUGGACGUCAGCGUGGUGGAUUACAAAUACAAGGACAUUCCUUUCCUAGAGCAGUUGAGGAUCACCCACAACUCUGACAUCUUCAUAGGAAUGCACGGUGCAGGACUCACACACCUGCUCUUCUUGCCUGACUGGGCUGUGGUCUUUGAGCUGUAUAAUUGUGAAGAUGAGAGCUGCUAUCGAGAUUUGGCUCGGCUGCGGGGCAUUCGCUAUGUGACUUGGCAGAAAAUGGAUAAGGUGUUCCCGCAGGACAGGGGUCACCACCCAACUCUCGGAGACCACCCCAAGUUCACCAACUACUCCUUCGACGUGGAUGAGUUCAUGCGCUUCGUGCUCCAGGCGGCAGAUUACGUCACGCGGCAUCCCAAAUGGCGGCGUCACAUCCUGCGCGACGAACUAUAACAAAAAAAAAGUUUGCAAUUAGCCUGGAUCAAGAGACAUUUUGACUUUGGCACUGAGAUUUCUGAAAAAAAAAUCCAACCAAACAUGUCUGGAUCUCGGCGGUAUAUCAAAUAAUUUGUCGCUUCCUGUCCCCCGGGAUUGAUGAGUCGUGAUGAGUGAAAGCUGUACACAUCCGUAUUGGCACAUCUGGAGAUUUCCAAGAAGUACUUCUUCAUUACCGCCGCCUCCACUGCGUCAUUCCACACCGAUAAAGUUAGCUAAUUAGCAGCUGUUCCGGUGUCCCGUAACAUGUGGCCUGUCGUCACAUUUGAUUAGUGUCACCUUGACUUGAGCUUGCUCGGAGCUGUUGACAUUUACGUCUGAGUACAUCCACAACAUAUCAGUGUCAUAUGAUGGAAUUCUGCCAGACGUGUGCUGCUUUUUAUUUUUAAUUAUUAUUUUUAUGUCAGUAUGCGUCUGUAUAAACUAAAAAGAUUGUUGAAGUAUAUAUUUUGUCUUAUAACACUCAUGCUAUUUUUAGUCAGCGCUAAGCUGUAUCAAAAAGGCCUAUUUAAUGUAUUUGUACUAUUUAUUUGUUGUAUGUGGAUAUGAUUACUAUUUGUCAUAGAGGUUUGCUUAUAGUCCAUGUGAUGUUUCACACACAGAUAAGCGUAGGGCCGCGUGGUCCAUGGGGGUCUCCGUUUUUCGUGUUAAACGCAUGUAAUAUGUCAAAUAAUGAAUGACAGAGCGCUUCAUAUGAAAUUUUACCGCCAACAUAUUCCCAGCACCUUCCUGCUCUGUCACUAAAAGUUCCCUAGCCAUUCACAUUGUCCCUCAUGGCGCUUGUGCUGGGCUGGUAGCCAUUUGUUGUGGGUUUAAUUAUGUUAUGUUUUAAUUUACAUUUAUUUCGCACAAAAAAAAAAAAAAAAUUAUAUAUAUAUAUUGAACAACUUAUUUACCAAAUAUUUGUUUAAAAAAAAAUCAAAUUAAAUUUAAGUUUGAUUCAAAAAGUUUAAAAAUGGUUUCGCACAAAUUAAAAAGUGGGAAAAUGUUUGUAAAGCGGUAGCUCAAAAUAAAAUACUGCUUUGGGCCCCACUUUAGCCAGGGGUCCUCCAUGUUUUGCGUGAAUGAGCACAUGUAGAAUGUCAAUGGAUAAAUAACAGGGCUGCAAACAUAUUCCUGCUCCGUCACCGCAAACAAUAUGACAAAUUUCAGCAUUGUCCCCCGUGGCGCACACUUUUAGUGCUGGGCUUGUAAACAGUCGUAUUCAAAUCUAAUCCUGGCUACGGGUGUGACAGGAAUAUAUACAAAUGUAAGCUACAUGUGUUAUUUUACACCAAAAAAAUACAUUUUUUUUUUUUAUUUCUCAUGAAUUUGUUUUAGUACAAAACAUGCAUCAAAUCAAUUCAAGUUUGAUUAAAAAAGUAUGAAUAUAAUUUCACAGAAAUAAAAACAUUUGAUUAUUUUUUGUAAUGUAAUAGGCUCUCAAAAUAAAAUUCUGCUUAAGACCCCAAUUUGGCCAGGGGCGGCCCUGCAUGGGGGCCCCCGUUUUGCGUGAACAAGCGCAUGUAUAAUGUCAAUUAUUAAAUGACGGCGCUUCAUUUGAAAUUUUUCCGCAAACGUAUUCUUAGGCCCUUCCUACUCUGUAGUAAUAAUAAUAAUAAUAAUGAAUUAUAUUUGUAACGCACUUUACAUUUGUUAUAAUCUCAAAGUGCUACAAAGUAUAUAAAAUUAAAUAUAAAAAAAUAAAAAUAAAAAAAAUUGAAAGUUACAAUAUAUAAUAGAAAAUUAAAAUAGAAACGAAAACAUGAAAAACACUAGAUAAAACAGAAACAUGGAUAAAAAUAGAAAUAAAAGUAUGGAAGCACUGGAAAGAAGAUGACACAUUUCCAUAUUGGCCUACUCUUCGUUAUUGUGCACAAAAAAUUUUUUUUAACAAUUUAUUUCCUAUGAAUUUGUUUUAGUACAAAAUUUGCUUUGAAUUAAAUUGAUUAAAACAAACAAAAAAAAAAGUCUAUGUUUUGUG